UUUAUUAGCCGUACUAGGAGACAUCUCUUUCUAUGGUUUUCAUUCUUGUAAUAUCUUUACUACUAACACUUACAUGAUCAAGGAGGAGGAGGAGAAGCAGGUGGAGUAGAAGGGAGUUAAAAAUUAUGAAGAAAAGGGGGAGUUCCUUUUCCUCUAUUUUGACAAUAUUCAAGCAUGCAAAUACUACAGAUCAGUGGUUGAUGGCAUUUGGGUUCAUCGGCGCAGUGGGGGAUGGCCUUUCCGGGCCGAUAACGGUUUACAUCACUAGCAGGCUUAUGAACAAUUUGGGUGAUGACAUCUCUUCGUCGUACUCACUUUUCAAUCACAACAUGAACGAGAACGCAUUGCACAUGUUGUUCGUCGCUGGUGGGUCAUUCGUUGCGGCUUUUUUAGAGGGGUUUUGUUGGACACGAACUGCGGAAAGACAAGCAUCAACAAUGAGAAUUAAGCACCUGAAAGCAAUGCUAAGACAAGAUGUGGAAUACUUUGAUCUCAAACUAGCCUCUACCAGCGAGGUCAUCGAUAACAUUUCAAGUGAUAGCCUCGUCAUUCAAGAUGUUAUCAGUGAAAAGGUACCAAAUUUCAUAAUGAAUUUCUCCACGUUUGUGGGAUGUUAUGCAAUUGGUUUUAUCCUUAUGUGGAGAUUAGCAAUAGUUGUGCUUCCUACAGUGUUUCUCCUUAUCAUCCCCGGUAUAUUGUGUGGGAGGAUUCUCAUGAGCAUUGCUAGGGAGAUGAGAGAGGAAUAUAGUAAGGCUACAUAUGUUGUUGAGCAAGCUAUAUCAUCAGUAAGGACCGUUUACUCUUUUGUUGGUGAACAAAAAACUAUGGAAAAUUUCUCUGCCGCACUUGAUGGCUCUGUCAAGCUUGGCCUCCAUCAUGGACUUAUUAAAGGUUUGGCCAUUGGUAGUACUGGUGUCACCUUCGCUAUUUGGUCUUUUGUUUCUUGGUAUGGCAGCAAGUUUGUCAUGCAUGAUGGUGGCCUGGGAGGCAGCGUCUUUGCCACUGGAACUGGAAUAAUCUUCGGUGGCAUGGCACUAGGCACAGGCCUAUCUUGUUUGAAGUCUUUCUCGGAGGCGAUUUCAGCCGGAGAAAGAAUAAUGGAGAUGGUAAAAAGAAUACCGAAGAUUGACAUUGAUUCAACAGAAGGCGAGAUAUUGGAGAAUGUGGACGGAGAAGUGGAGUUCAAAGGGGUCGACUUUGCUUACCCGUCUAGGCUGGAGAAUUCAAUUCUGAAUGAGUUUAGCUUAAAGGUGCCGGCCGGGAUGGCGGUGGCGCUCGUCGGCAGUAGUGGCUCUGGGAAGUCUACAGUGAUUGCAUUAUUAGAGAGAUUUUAUAAUCCAUUGCAUGGUGAGGUUCUUUUGGAUACAGUGAACAUUAAGCAGUUGAAACUCAAGUGGUUGAGGUCUCAAAUAGGCUUAGUGAGUCAAGAGCCAGCUCUGUUUGCAACUUCAAUAAAGGAAAACAUAUUGUUUGGCAAAGAGGAUGCCUCAAUGGAUGAAGUUGUGGCUGCUGCCAAGGCUUCCAAUGCUCAUAACUUCAUUUGUCAGUUGCCUCAGGGUUAUGACACGCAGGUAGGAGAAAGGGGAGUUCAAAUGUCCGGAGGUCAGAAACAAAGAAUAGCCAUUGCAAGAGCAUUACUCAAGUCCCCAAAGAUCCUCCUCCUUGAUGAAGCUACAAGUGCAUUGGACACUGAAUCAGAAAGAAUCGUCCAAAAAGCUCUAGACAAAGUCUCACUAGGCCGAACAACUAUAGUUAUUGCACAUCGUCUUUCCACCAUCCGCAACGCUGACCUCAUUGCCGUCAUUCAAGCCGGUAAAGUAACGGAGACUGGCACUCACACUGAGCUCCUUCAAAAUGAAAAUGGUUUAUACUCAACACUAGUUCACCUUCAACAAUCAUCUAAAACAACUGAAAUGGUGGAAGUCCAUCCCUCUGCAUCAAUGUCUACAUGCAUAAGCAAUAAUGAAGAUCAGAUUAGUCAAAAUAUGAGAGUGGUAAACUUUCCAAAGCCUUCAGAUAGCAAUGAGACACAAAAAAACCAACUAGAGAAGCCAAAGAUGAAACCACCGGCCCCAUCAUUCUGGCGGCUAUUGCUUAUGAACACGCCGGAAUGGAAGCAAGCAGUAAUCGGUAGCAUAAGUGCUACUUUCUUUGGUGCGGUUCAACCCAUCUAUGCUUAUGUUCUAGGGGGUGUGGUAUCAGUAUACUUUCUCAAAGAUCACAAGGAGAUGAAUGACAGUAUAGAGGUGUACUCGUUGAUAUUCCUCUCCUUAUCUGUUAUUUCCUUGUUCCUCAAUGUUGUGCAACACUACAAUUUGGCUGCCAUGGGUGAGUACCUCACAAAGAGAGUGAGGGAGGUCAUGUUGUCCAAAAUACUCACGUUUGAAGUUGGUUGGUUUGAUCAAGAUCAGAACUCAUCUGGUGCUAUCUGCUCUCGCCUUUCCCAAGAUGCUAAUGCGGUGCGAUCACUGGUUGGAGAUAGAAUGGCACUGUUAAUCCAAACCUUCUCAGCAGUUGCCAUUGCAUGCACAAUGGGGCUGGUAAUUGCAUGGAGGUUGGCAUUGGUUAUGAUAGCUGUGCAACCUCUCAUCAUCAUGUGUUUCUAUGCACGUAAAACGUUGCUCAAGAACAUGAGCAGCAAGGCCAUCAAGGCUCAGUCUGAGAGUAGCAAGCUCGCAGCAGAAGCCGUCGGCAACCUUCGUACUGUCACUGCCUUUUGUUCACAAGACAGAAUUCUUCACCUUUUUGAGAAAGCUCAAGAGGGACCUCUGAGAGAGAGUGUGAAGCAGUCAUGAUAUGCAGGUUUUGGCCUUGGUGCUUCCCGGAGCCUUAUGAUAUGCACUUGCGCACUUGACUUUUGGUAUGGUGGAAAGCUUGUCUCCGGUGGAUAUAUCACUUCUAAGGCCUUAUUACAAACCUUCUUGGUUCUUGUUAGCACCGGUCGUGUUAUCGCUGAUGCCGGUAGCAUGACUACUGAUAUUGCAAAGGGUAGUGAUGCUGUUGGUUCGGUGUUUGAUGUGUUGGACCGACAUUCAAAGAUUGAACCUGAGAACCCAGACGGAUAUCAACCUAAGGAACUAUUUGGAAAUGUGGAAAUUUGUGAUGUUGAUUUUGCUUACCCAGCUCGACCUGAUAUUCUCAUCUUCAAAAACUUAUCAUUGAGUAUUGAAACAGGAAAGUCAACGGCACUUGUUGGACAAAGUGGGUCAGGAAAAUCUACCAUAAUUGGAUUGAUUGAAAGAUUCUAUGAUCCUUUGAAAGGAAUUAUAAAAUUAGAUGGAAAGGACAUAAAAACAUACUGUCUCCGUUCGUUGAGGCAACACAUUGCACUUGUGGGACAAGAGCCAACAUUGUUUGCAGGGACUAUCAAGGAAAACAUUAAGUAUGGGACGGAGGAGGCUACAGAGGUAGAGGUGGAGGCAGCGGCAAGAGUGGCCAAUGCGCAUGACUUUAUUAGCUGCCUCGAGGAUGCAUAUGAGACAUCUUGUGGAGAUAGAGGUGUGCAAUUAUCUGGUGGCCAGAAACAAAGAAUUGCAAUUGCAAGAGCCAUUCUUAAGAACCCGGCUAUAUUACUACUUGAUGAGGCAACAAGUGCAUUAGAUAGCCAUUCAGAGAAAGUAGUGCAAGAGGCACUUGAGAAGAUUAUGGUAGGGAGGACAAGUGUGGUGGUGGCACAUAGACUAAGCACCAUACAAAAUUGUGAUCUUAUUGUGGUGCUUGAGAAAGGCAUGGUUGUGGAGAAGGGUAGCAAUGCUUCACUUCUUGCCAAGGGUCCCUCUGGACCUUACUUUUCUCUUGUUAGCCUCCAACAGGGAUCCAAACGCAUGGAGUGAAGAAGAUGGUGAAUUUGUUGCUUGGUGUUCUCUGCAAUUUUUUUUUUUUGAAUAAUAGACGACAAGCGUCCUUUUUAUAUGAAUAUAAACAGUACCAAACAGUACUAGAACCCGGAUGUACAGUAAGCGAAUAGUAUAAGAAUCCCGGGUGAACAGUAUAUAAACUGUACAGUGAACAGUACUGUUGGGGGAGGGAUUUGAACCCAUGACCUCCCCUUUAUACUUUGGUGUCAUACCAUUGGGCUAUCCAAUGGUUUUUUCUGCAAUUUUUAGAUUUGCGCACAAGUUGUUCGAAAAAUCUUCGAUUUCCAUAU